GUUCUUUCGGCCCAUUGUCCUUUGAUUCUAACUGCAGCGAGAUAGUACGGGAAAAUGUACAAUAUAUAAUUUCUUUCGAACCGCAUUGCUGCGGAUAGUUUGGAGAGGAGGCGCAAUAGAGAGACGCAACGUCAAGAUAGGCUUUUCAAUGCUAAAGUUAGAACAAUUAGGGUAAAUUACUGCAACUUUGUAACGGUCUGUGACAUCGGUCCAUUCAUGUUAGUUGUAAAGCCAUUUUGUCACAAUUUUCUCUUACUGACAGAAAGUGGCUCUUGAAUCCCAAGUGAAUGAAAGAAAGAAAGAAGAGGCAGAGUCACUAAAAGCAUUUGGAAGAGCGUCUGCUGCAGGAAGCCAUAGAGGACUUCUGGCUGAACUUCCAGCCGCGGUGUAACCGGCGUGAGUAUGACUUAAACAACCCGGACAAAGUUAUGAAUCAGGACGGUAUCCAGAUGCUGGCGGGGCUUGUGGGUGAGGACCCAGACAGCCAGGGGAGGCUGAAGAAGCAGCAGGAGCAGCUCAGAGAGUGGUCCGUCCAGCAGCAACAUGAGCUGGCCACAGCACGACACCAGCAGAGACUGGAAGAGCAGCAGUAUGACCAGGACAGAGUGGACCUGGACAUCCAAGCUCUUCAGCUCCAGAAGAUCGAGGGAGAAAGGAGGAGAUCUGCAGCCCUGGCUACAAAGGAUUUCAAUCUGGCAAAGGCAGCUGAGAAUGCAGAGAAGCAGUGGAAAAAGUGGCAGCAGGAGAAGGAGGACAACAGGACAGACAUCCUAAAUCAGCUUCAGGGGGAGCUGCUGAGUAAGAGCCAGGAGCAGGGCCUCAGUGUGCUGGGUCUACCCCACCUCAGGGCUGACAGUUGCAAGGGCCUCAAAAAAGAGCAGCUGCAGCACGUCAUCGACUGCCAUCAGCAACGGAUAGAGGAGAAGAGUGUACAUCUGCCACAUCUAUCUGUCUGUCUCUUUUGCCUGUUUUGGGAUGUCUGCGUUGAGCGGUCAAAGAUAUUUUCAUAUGACAAUUUAACACUUCUAAAGGGAAUGGGGUGGAUAGCAACAACCAUGAAUGCAGACCAGGCUGAGCAGCAGAAGGAGGAGCUCCACCAUGACCGAUUCUGUGUGACCUCAGCUCGCACCGCCCUACUACUGGAGAGACGGCAGGCCCGCAUUAAAAUGCAGCUCCGACGCACCCUGGAUAGCGCCAAUGCACAGCUGUCUGAGGCCCACCAUGAACAGAAAAAGUACUUGGAUAAUGUGUACACUAACAUCCCAGAUGACAGUUAUUUCUCCCAGUUCAACACCAGCAGUCGAUAAAGUUUAACAGGGUCGUGCACUAUUGGAGAGAUACAUUUGUCUAUGGAAAUAAUAAAUGAUUUGAUCACA